GGCAUUCCAGAUCAUCUGGAGGAUGAGGAUGGUGACGGGAUCCCAGAUUAUCUAGAGGACGAUGAUGGUGAUGGCAUUCCAAAUUAUCUGGAAAAGAGUCACCACAAACGAUCAACUAAAUUGCCGAAACAUAUCGACAAGGAUGGUGAUGGGAUUCCAGACCAUCUAGAAGGUGACUCUGAUGGAGACGGCAUUCCAGAUCAUCUGGAGGACGAGGAUGGUGACGGGAUCCCAGAUUAUCUAGAGGACGAUGAUGGUGAUGGCAUUCCAAAUUAUCUGGAAAUCGAUUCUUUAGCACUCUCGCACUAUAAACUUUCGCAGAAUUCGAAUUUGAAAUUUUAUUCGGCUGAUCUUGAUGGCGAUAGUAUUCCAGAUCAUUUAGAGGGUGACAGUGACGGUGAUGGAAUUCCGGAUUAUUUAGAAGAUACAGAUGAUGACGGGAUUCCUGAUUAUUUGGAAGAUGAAGAUGGAGAUGGUACACCAAACUACUUAGAUAAUGAUUACACUGGACAAUUUUCUCCGAAAUCUUUUAAAUUAUCAGUUUCAAAUAAAAAGCAUUAUGAUCUCAAUAAAAAUGGUAUACCAGAUGACUUAGAGAGUGAUCAGGAUGGAGAUGGUAUUCUUGAUUUUAUGGAAGACUCCGAUGAGGAUGGGAUUCCAGAUUAUCUAGAAGAUUCAGAUAAUGACGGAUUUCCAGACUAUUUAGAUGAUACAUUCAGUCCUAAACAUGAUAUCCAUUUAAAAUUAGAAGAUAAAAAUAGAAAUGGCAUACCAGAUCACUUGGAAAGUGAUUCUGACUACGACGGUGUUCCUGAUUAUUUAGAAGAUUCUGAUAGAGAUGGUAUACCAGAUUAUUUAGAAGAUACUGAUUUAGAUGGUACACCAGAUUACAUGGAUGAAGAUGCUAUUACACAAUUUUCACCGAGAAAAAUUCGUGGUCGUGGUAUCGGUCGAAAAUUUGCUGAUGCUGAUAGAGAUGGUAUACCAGAUCAUUUAGAAGGUGAUAUCAAUCAUAAUGAUAUUGUUGACUAUUUAGAAGAUUUGGAUAAUAAUAGUAUACCAGAUUAUCUUGAAGAUUCUGACAAAGAUGGUAUACCAGACUAUUUAGAUGAAGAUGCUACUACAAAAUUUUCACCCAAAGUAUUAAGAGCAUUAAAACCAGCCAAACAUUAUGCUGAUAUAGACGGUGAUCAUAUACCAGAUCAUUUAGAAGAAGAUAAUGACGGUGAUGGGAUUCCAGAUUACCAAGAAGAUUCCGAUUCGAAUGGUAUCCCAGAUUAUCUAGAAGACAGUGAUGGUGAUGGUAUACCAGAUUAUAUUGAUGAGGAUGCUACAACACAAUUUUCACCGAAAAAAUAUCGUAAAUUACGUUCUACUAUGAAAUUUGAAGAUGAAGACGGUGAUGGAAUACCAGAUCAUUUGCAAGGUGAUUCCGAUGGUGAUGGAGUUUUAGAUUUCCUUGAAGAUAGUGAUGGUGAUGGAAUACCAGACUAUUUAGAAGAUGGUGAUGGUGAUGGUGUUCCAGAUUAUUUGGAUGAAGAUGCGAACAGUCAAUUUUCACCGAAACAUUUCAUUGAUAAAAAUAAAGAUGGUAUACCUGACCAUUUAGAAGGUGAUUCGGAUGGUGAUGGUACACCGGAUUAUCUUGAAGAUACUGAUCAAGAUGGUGUUCCAGAUUAUUUAGAAGAUUCCGAUCAUGAUGGUAUACCAAAUUAUCUAGAUAAUGAUGUUGUUGAUGUUGAAGUGGAAGCAGUUGUUGAAGCCUACGAUAAAGAUACUAAUAAUAAUGGCAUAGCGGAUUAUUUAGAAGAUUGGGAUGGUGAUGGUAUACCAAAUUAUCUUGAAGAUGAAGAUCAUGAUGGUAUUGUUGACUUCUUGGAUAAAAAAGAUAAUCGUUUACUGGGAAAAUGGACUAAAAAUAAAAAAAUGAAGUUUCAAAAUCCAAAUGAUAAGAAUGCCAACUUUAUACCAGAUCACGUAGAAGAUGACUUAGAUGGUAAUGGUAUUCCAGAAUUUAAACAAGAUUCCGACGGUAAUGGAAUACCAGACUACUUAGAUGAAGGUUAUUUGCAUAAAUUUCCAAAGACUUCGAAACAACACACUAAGAAGAAACGGAAACAAAAUAAAAAAUCCUCGGGUAAACGAGAAUCUACCUCUAGGAGCCCAAGCAGUUCGGAUCAUGGCUCAAAUAGUGAUGAUCUACCAAAAGAAAAAGUUACUGACCGAAAUAAUAACGGGAUCCCAGAUCACUUAGAGAUGAAAGACUCUGACAAUGACGGAAUUAUCGACUACUAUGAUGACGACGACGAUAAUGAUGGGAUUCCUGACGAUCAAGAUGAUGACGAUGAUAAUGACGGCAUCAAGGACUAUCAUGAAGAUGUAAAUGCUAAUCAAAUGUUAGACAUUCUUGAAGCAAAAGAUACGGAUGGUGAUGGCAUUCCUGAUUAUCUGGAUGAUGACGAUGAUGGGGAUGGUAUACCUGAUUGUGAUGAUGAUGACGACGAUGGUGAUGGUAUAUUGGACAGUGACGAAGAUGAAAACAGGAAUAAUAUUUCCGAUAGUUUAGAAAGUGAAGAUUCGGAUGGCGAUGGAAUCAUUGAUCUACUUGAUACAGAUGAUGAUAACGAUAAUAUACCAGACUAUUUAGAUAAUGAUUCCGAUGGAGAUGGUAUUGAUGAUAAAAAACAAAAUAAAAAUCGUCCUAAAACUAUUCGUUCAAAAGAAAAUGACAUAAAAAAUAAAGCAACCCAAACGGUGGUCAAAUCGGCUUCGCCUAUAUCUCAACCACAAAGAAAUUCAAAACACAAAUCAGUACCCAAAAAGAUCGCAGAAGAUGAUGACGGGGACGACGACGAUGACGACGACGAAGAUAGUGAAGAAACCGAUAAUAGUUAUGAUAACAAAAAAUCAUAUAAAAAGAAAGAUAGUGGUAUUAACAGUGAUAACGCUGAUGAAGAUGAUGAUGACGACGAUGAUGAUGAUGAUGGUAACGAAGAUGACGACGAUGAAGGCGCUGAUGGUGAACCUAUGUCUAAAACUAGAUCUGUUGUUUUAUCUAUAUUAAAACGAAUCGAAAAUAUCUUUGGCGUUGAAGGUGAUAGUGGUGAUCAUGAUACUGAUGAGAAUGAAUCAGAUGAAGAAAUUCAUGAUCACUAAAAUAUUAUUUCAACCUCUUUUUUUAUACUAAAGAGAUUUCAUAUGAUUUUAUUAGAACGCAAGUUGUUUUAGAACCAAUAAUUAUUACAGUCAACUAUUACUACCCAUUCUGUUCUUUUAGUUUACAACUGUUGAAUAUACUAGCUCAAUUGAGAAAUAUAAUAUUUUAAUGUAUGAUAAUAUACAGUUGUAUACUUUAACUUUAUUUUCCAUUCUUAAAAACAAAUUCCUACAUACAAAUUGAAGCCCUUGAAUAAUACUUUCAUGCAAUAGCUUAACUGUGUAUUCAUUCAGUCUUUUCGUUCUCCUUCCUCAACUCAUUUUUAUUGCUUCAAUUUCGAUUCAGUUAAACUACUUAACUUGUAACUUAUCCAAUUUCUUCUUGUUUGUUUGUUUCACUUUCAUUUUCUUCAGUGGAAGUAGAAAGGUGUAGACAGUAAACCAACAAACAAGUAGACAAAGGAGACUAGAUUAGUAAAUAACAAAAAGAAAUAAGGAAAGUCAACAGUGUAAAGUCAUAUUCCACUUCGAUUUUCCGGGUCUUUUGUUUGCAUCAGUUAUAUUGCAUUUUCGUCAGUUACACACAAAAAUACAUACUAUAUGAACAUAUUUUUAAUGGCACUACUACUACUACUACUACUACUACUACUACUGCCUUUCUUUUAACUACUACAAAUUAGUUGUUCAUUCAUCAGUUGUGAUCCAACUCGUUACGAAUGUUUAUUCCUCGUUUUCUUUCGGUUUUCAUGUUUCAUUUCAUCAUCUACUAUUUUAAAUUCAUAUACAAUAGAAAUUUUCAAAACGUUAACUCCCUACAUACACUGUUUUAUUUUUGUCUUCAACCUUCAAUUUCAAUUUAAUAUAUAUACACAUCUAAACAAAAAAAAUUACAGUACAGAAAUAAAAUAUUAUUUAGCUGAGUUU